GUCACACAUCAGAUUGAAGCGGGGCGACGCUUUUUUUCUCUCCUGCAGGAUUCUCUUCUGUUCCCUGGAGAGAGCGAAAGUUCACAGGAAGGAGCAGAAGUGCACUAAAUAGUGAACUGCGUGUAUUAAACACUUACCUGAAGCGUUAGAUCUUGCAGAGGAAGGGUUUGCAUGACUCUGUGUCUUUCUGGAGGCGCGGACACAUCUGUCUCCAUCACGGGUGCGCGCGCGUUUGGAGAUACUUCGCAACUCAUAAGGAUGGACAACUGAAUAUGACGGGAGCACAACACGAAGUGGAAUAUGAUGUGUUAAUGAAACAGCACAGAAAGUGAGGGAAGUAGUUUAUCAGUGUUUUGUGUUUGUGCUGUGAAGAUGCGCUGGGUUUGUUCGUGUGCGCUGUUGCUGAUGGUGAUGAUGGAUCAUGCGGUGACUCUGCCUGCGUGGAGAAAACACACGGUGGCAAGCAUCCAGUCAUUUAAACCAUGCGCUCAGGUGCCUGCGCCUGUUUUCAAGAGGUCACACGACGACUUGGCCCGGUUCAAGCGAUAUGCCAUCAACCCACUGGGAUAUAAGUGGGAGCAUUUCAACAUCACCUACAAGAUCACAAAGUUCCCCAACACGCUGAACAAAGAAGACACGCGCAAAGCUAUCAGUAUCGCCUUCACCAAGUGGAGUGACGUUUCUCCUCUUACUUUCACUGAAAUCACCGACCUCAGCAGAAGUGCUGACAUCACUAUAGGGUUCUACACGUACAAUCACACAGAUUGUUGGUGGUCUCCGUUGCAUCCGUGUUUUGAUGGACUUAACGGUGAGUUGGCCCACGCCUUCCUGCCCCCACGGGGAGAGAUCCACUUCGACAACCAUGAGUUCUGGAUUCUGGGCAAGUCCCGCUUCAGUUGGAAACAAGGUGUGUGGCUGAAUGACCUGGUUCAGGUAGCUGCUCAUGAGAUCGGUCAUGCUUUAGGUCUCUGGCAUUCACAGGACCCCAAUGCUCUUAUGCAUCCUAAUGCAACAUACACGGGUCAACGAAACAUCGCCCAAGAUGAUAUCUGGGGCAUCCAGCGACUUUACGGAUGCAUGGAUAAGAAGCGUGUGUGUGAUCCCUGGGCACGGCUAGGUUUCUGCGAGAGGAGGCGGAGUUUUAUGAAGAAAAACUGCCCGAAGCGUUGUGACCUGUGCUACGAACCUCUGGAUGCAGUGUCCACCCCGACCCCUCCCCCUGACAACGUCAAGAUCAAAAUCGUACCUCGUGGAAAAGUUGUGGGCUUUCGCUGUGGGACAAAAAAUACCAGAGUUCCUCCAAAAGUCAGCUGGUACAAGGACGGAGAGCAGCUCUUGACAUCUAUUCCCGGAUACAUUGUGAUCAAAGAACGAGACAUGCGCCUCGUGGCCAACGAAUUCAACGAAGGCACGUAUACCUGUCGCAUCCAUCGUCGCGGUAACAUAGUCUCCGCCAACUCGUGGGCAAUCCGCCUGAAGCCGGAAAGAUCAUCUAACAACAGCUGAUGGCGUGAGAUGGGAUUUAUUGACCACUCGCUCUACCUCCAGGGCCUGAGAGCACUCCGAGCUGCUCGCUUGACCUCUGCUUCAGUGAAGAUCAGCUCCAAUGAGUGCUUUAAAGACAACUGCGGAUCUGUGAAUCUCACAAAAACAUACCCAGGUCACAUUUCACCCCAAACAAAAUCUGUUAAGAAGUUACAGCAAAAAAUA